UUCACUGCUGCACUCUAAAUCAAUGAGGUCACCUCUCCAAGGCCCAGAGGAUGCAUUGUUUUUGUUCCUCCUUCCUCAGCAGUGCCGAUGCCUGUGUCCUGCACAGCAGCUGAACAGGACUGGGCUGGGAUGUGGGAAGAGAACCCGUAGUGCUUGAAGUGCCACUGCCUGUCACGAUUCAAAGGGGUUGACCUGUAAUGCCUGUAACCAUCUCUUGACGUGGGCAAUAAUUGAAUAAUGGGUAUGGCAAUAGGAAGGACCUUUGUGCUAAACUCUUGAGAAAUAACCCAUACGUGGCAGCCCAGAAAUCUUCUAAUUCAUUGUAAGCUGUCAAUCUGCACUCGUUUUCCUGAGACAGGUGUUUGUUGUAUGAUGCAGGUCCAAUGCUUUGUGAAGAUGGAAUUGUGAUCUGAAAGCACCUCCAUGUACUUCAGUCACUCGCCACUAUUGAAGCAUCUUGAUAGAUGACAAGAUUGAAGUGAAAAGAUAGAAGAAUUCAUCAUCAACCCUCAGACCAUACCGGCCCAUCAACGUUCCUUUGCUUUGAUAGCACAUGAGGCCUCCAGCUGAAGAGCAGGCAUGAGACCUUUUAUUUGGUGAUGACAAUAUUUUUGUUUUAGUGCCAUAAUUUUAGAUAUUUUUGGUUUCUUUUCUCAGCACUUUGUAUUGGCUUGCAUUUUGUCUGAUUAUAGAUCUUGCAAACUGAAUAAAGGAACCACUCCCAAUCUUUCUUCAAGUGAGUUUUGCUGCCAUAGUAACAUGCCCUGUUUGCUCUACUGUAUGCUGUCAGAUGCAAGGGUUAAGUGCGUUAUACGUAAGUGAUGAAACUGGCCUGUUGUAUGAGUUCGCUGGUGAGUUGGAAGAAUUUGACUCCUAGUAACAGUCGAGGAACUUUUUGAAGAGAAUAGGGUUGCCAAACUCUUGAGUUGCUUCCCUUUUGAUCAAAAUAUUUUGGACUGAUUACUCAAUUGUUUGUUGCUCAGCCCUGAGCUGAAGACCGUAGCUAAUGGAGGCACUGGAAGCAGAUGAUAUCAGCCCUGCUUUGGAGGCCACGGAGGAGUUCUUUCUUUUCAGUGGCAUUGAUGACCAGGUAGGACAUAAUGAUCUCCCAAAACAGGAGGUGUUUGGCAUCCAAGAGGUCCCAGUGAUAAUUGGGCAUGAUGUCCUCAAGGUGAAGGGUGAGAGAUCACAUAAAACAGAUGGCACCAGAAUUACAUCUGAGAAAAUGAGCAAAUCAGAGUAUGCAAAGAAAAUAGAAUUGAGAAGAAACGCCCCCACCAGCAAACCAGUCGGAGUGGCUAAUGGGCCAACACAACAGUGGACCAUCAGUGCAGACACCGAGAGCUCCUUCAUCUCGAACAGUUAUGGAGCAGUUCACUCCAAGAUUGGCAGUCUGCCUCAAGAAUGGUCACCCAGCUGGCCACUAGCUGUCCGAUCGCAAUCUGACAUUGUUCCAUCUCAUUGCAAAUCACAGUCUGGUCCGUUGCCAACCCACUGUCCACUGGAUUCGAACAUCCCUCCCUCCUGCAUCUCUUCCUCAUCCUCGUUUAGCAAAGGCGGGAACUUUGCAAUGGUCAAUCAAAGCCAAGACAAUUCUCAGCCCCUGGGCCGAGAUGUCAUAAAGAAGGGAAGCCUGGCCAUAAGGCAAGAUCAUGCCAGCCUGUGGAAGGAGUGCUAUGUUGAGCUUUGUCGCCGUGAGCUGUGUCUGUACAGUGUGGUGACUGGUGACUACUCUCACCUCUGUAACGUGUACUACCUGAGCCACUGCCAAAGCAUUACCCUGUCGAUCAGCCAUGGUGACCAUGUCCUGGAGGUUCUCUUUUCCAAUGGCGCUCAGCUGCAACUGCAAGCACGCUCCCGGGAGGAGGCUGAACAAUGGAGGCAGGACCUCCUGGCACAAAUGCUUGCCUUGAGCCUGCCAAACAGGACCCAGACCCCACCACCAGCAAAUUGGCAACCUGGGACUUGUCAAGUAAAAACCGUCCAGCCCGCUGCUGUCCAAUUGCGCCCAGAAGGUACAGUACGGAUAGGGGUGCUUCAUAUGCUGAUGCCUCAGAACAACUGGAAUUCUUACGCCUUUGUCCUUAGCCAAAGCCAACUCAAGUACUUUCGAACUAAUGACCUACAGGAAGAGCCCUUGGCAUCUUACAGGAUUAAUCAAUGCCUCAACGUUGAGGUGACAGAGGAGUCUACCCCGCGCCUCAAGGUGUCUUUUCCUGAAGAGGUUCUCAUUCUCAUGGCAGACAGCCAACAAGAGACCCAGGAGUGGAUGGAGGUGAUCAAGGCUAUGAUCAACUCCAAGCAGGUGGCUAAUAGCUCAAAGUGCUUCUCAGUGAGCGAUCAGAAGGCGAAGGGGCUGGACUGCAGUGAUGGUGGCACAAAAAGGAAUAAGCGAUACUCGGUGACCAGCAGCUUUCUAAGCCUCCUGACAGUGAUUGCAGUAGAGAAGGGGCUCACUGCUCAGAGCUUCAGGUGUGCAGGAUGUCAGAGACCGGUGGGAUUGUCCUAUGGGAACGCAAAGGUGUGUGCCUACAGUGGCUGGUACUAUUGCCAGGCAUGUCAUGUUGACGAUGUGUUCCUGAUCCCGGCUCGACUGGUUCACAACUGGGACACCACAAAGCGCAAGGUUUCAAAACAAGCAAAAGAAUUCCUGGAGUACAUAUCAGAAGAGCCACUCAUUGAUGUCCGACAGGAUAAUCCACAUCUGUAUGAGCAUGUGGAAGCGUUGGCCACUGUUCUCCGCCUGCGGCAGCAGCUUAAAUCGCUGAGAGCAUACCUGUUCAGCUGCAGGGCCUCUGUGGCAGAAGAUUUGCGCAGAAGGAUUUUUCCCAGGGAAUACAUUCUGCAACACGUGCACUUGUAUUCAUUAGCUGACCUUCAGCAGGUCUUCGAAGGAAAACUUGCUCCGUUCCUAAUAAAGAUCAAUAAAUUUGCCAGUGCUCAUGUGUACAGCUGCAGUCUAUGCAGCCAGAAAGGUUUCAUCUGUGAGAUCUGCAACAACGGGCAAAUCAUUUAUCCUUUCGAGGGUACUGCCACUAAAAGGUGUGAGAUUUGCGGAGCUGUGUUCCACGCUGAGUGUAAGUCGAAGAGUGUUCCUUGCCCACGGUGUGUGCACAGGGAGCUGCAGAAGAAGCCAUGUUCCUUCUGGCCCACAUUGGACUUGGAAGGCGACUUUGAGUUUUGCGAUGCUUUUGAAUUCUCCUGCCCAAACAGCUGAUGUUUAGGACAAACCUAACUCAACAUAGAAUUCUCCAUCUAAUCUUUCAUGGAUGAAGAAAUAGGAUUGGGUGCAUUUGAAUCCCUAUGCUCGGGAACUUGGUGAAUUGAAGGGGAAUGUUUUUGGUGGUGAAACUAAGCUGGAUGCAGUGUGAGAAGGCAUGGUAUCAAAAGAUGAAUGGACUGCAAGAGACUUCCCCUUUCACAUUUAUAACGCAUAAUGUAUAUUGCAGUUAAAAUAUCUGUUGAGUUCAUUGUAAUGUAUCCACCAUCUCCAUUCUCACAACAUUCAAAAACACUUGGGUGAAAUGAGUGUGGAUUGGUUUCCAGUGGGCGCACAGAAUUCCCCUUAACUUGGUGCCAAAUUCCCACCCUCGUUCCAUUCUGUGUGUAAAAUGAUGAGGUCGCAUUGCUGUCAUUUUGUUCUUAACUUAGGUUUAAGAUGCGCACCUUAGUCAGAGCAGACCAGGUUUGUGUGUUGCACCUCAUUUUUACUACGCUCGACCUUGGAAGUAUUUGUGGGCACUACAUGCCAAAGAGUUAAACAGUUCCAUUUCCCUUUGGCAAUAAGCCACACCUUGGUACUAGAUCGACUGUGUAUCCCAGAGCAACAGGAAUGUGUACACCAUCAAAGCCCCCCAAUCCACCAGGAUCCUCUUCAGGUUUGUUUCCUUUCUGUUCUCUCAAUUUUUCUCAAACUUGAAAUUACUGUCCAAGUUCUAUUACUAGUUAUCAUUACUUACAAGUCAACCAGUAUUUGAGAAAAAAAUUAUUUUAACAGCAAUUUUUUUGUGGCAUCUGAUCUAUUCUGAAAGCAUAAUUGGUUGGAUAGCUGAUUGUUAAUUUGUUUUAUUCCACUUUAUAUGUUUUUCCCUUUCCUUAUCUCAGCCCCUGAUGGCCGCACCACCAAAUUUGGAAUCUAUUCUCACAAACGUUGAACUUUGAAACAUUCUAAGGAAUAAUCAUCCAAAAAGCAGGUGGAGAGGGGGGUGGGGUUGACUAAAAGGUCAAAGUGAGCAACAGGAUGAAAAUCAAAGAAAGGGUUGAAGCUCAAAAAGCCUGAUCAGGAAUCAGUGUAAAAUUUAGUUUUAAUUCUUUUCAGUAAGUCAGUAAAAUACUCAGUGUUAACAAAAUGAUAUGAACAAAUGCAUACUGGGGAACAUUGACCAAUAUUGCACACCUGGAGCCCAUAGAUGAAGUUUAGAUAUACACAAUCAGUAUUACAUUAGAGAGAGUGACUAGUCUACAGUGACUUGCAGUGAAUUCAAGACUGUGUACACCUGAGCAAGAACUGGGAUAGAUAGGUGCACUUGGCAUGACAGUGGGCACUCACUCAAGGACAUUCAGGGAACAAUGGAAAUUUAAGGAUUCCAAAAUGUAAAGGAGUUAUAGGAGAGAGGCUUUUUUUUCUUUUCAGUCUCUUUCUAGGAAUUGCACUUUUCCACAUGAGGUCCACUAAUCAGCUCAAUUUGAAAAGUGAGUUUAUAGUCAUGUUCAAAGUAUGUUUGUGUCUGGCACAUAGUGAGUGGGGUUAAAAUGUGUUUUAUUUUUAAAACCUGAUUAAAGCAAAACUGUUACUGUAAAUCAGGGGAUCAGUAUCUGGUGCUGGUAGUAACAGGUGGCACACACGGUACCUGCACAGACCUUUUGAGUAUAUCCAACCAACUGGUGCAUGAAGAAUUUCAGUGUGGGUUAUGUAGUCACUUUGGAUGAGAGUUUCACUCAUGAGCAGUGCCUAUUAAACAAGGUUCCCAAGUAUAACAGUAAGCUGCCUGGAAGAUAGGUAGGCUCUGCCAUUCACUGGGGAGAGAAAAUGUGGAGAUCACACUGAAACACAAUUGUGAGCCACUGUUUUAACCCUUCCAUUAGGUUGUAUCUCAAUUUGGCUUUGAUUCCAAAAGACCCUUUGUCACAGUAAUAUUUAUAUGUAAAUGAUACUGGUGGCAUUCAUUGUGGAAAGUGCUGUUUAUUUUGAGCACAUUAAGCAAGCGGCACUACUGUUUAAACAUUGAAAAGCAGAAAUGAUUACGGGAGAAAACUCUGUAAGAACUGGAAUUCUUGUAAUGUUUCAGUAUGUUGCACCAGGCUGUAGACUGUGUCUUUGGAAGCCUGGGGAUUGGGGGAGUGUAGUGGAUGCUGUUGUCUGCUUCAGAUGUGGAAUAUUGUCUCCUCUACUCCUACUUUUUAAAACAAACUUGUGAUCACUCAGUCUGUCUUGUCCUGUCCAUGACAGGAUUACACCUGCAAUCAACAUUUCUGUACCAAGGUGUCUGCUGUAGAUGUAGAGACGCUGCGAGGCAAGUGUAAACACAUCUUUCAUCUAUUACUUGCUGUGAUAGUAAAGCUCUGAAUUUGAAGUCUGCUGCUUUUAUAAUAAUAUAUUUAUGUAUAUACAUCUUAACAGGAGGAAUUAUCCUGAGAUACAUUUUUGUAAGGUUGA